AUGAGGUUGCGACCCGCCAGUGUCUACAGAUAUUUGCUACUGGGUAUCGGAGUAUUUCUCGGCGUAUAUAUGAUAUAUUCUAUCAUCGGAUAUGAUGAUGGAUCUCAUGUUCCCAUUCGUCCACAGCGACAUUUGUAUUUGACAGUUUCGCAGGACAGAAUCGGUAGUCGAUUCGGAAACUUGGCCCCAAAAAGGAUACUUUACUGGACCACUGUAUUCGGUUCAACUGUGCCUCAUACGAUGCUCUCCGACUGCCCUGGACUGACGGAUCGUUGUGUGAUUGACACUAAUCGACAUCAGCUAAGCUCGGCAGACGCCGUCGUAUUCCAUGCUGCCGACAUUUCGAAAUUCCCUCUUCCAAACACCAGAAAAGAAAACCAAGUCUUUGUUUUCAAUUCAAUGGAGACACCUGAUAAUAGCGGACGAUUUGCUGUGCCAGAAUCGUUCUUUAACUGGACAUCCACUCAUCUUCAUUCCUCCGAUGCCAUUCACAAGUACGGAUCAUUCCUGAUUUCUACUCAAGUCGCAGAGAGUCGAGGUUUUAAAGUUCAGAGUUAUUAUGUUCAGCCGAAGAGAUUUGUCAAAACGAAAAGUGGAGUUUUUGGGCUUAUUUCCAACUGUCAUACCACAUCAAAACGAGAAUUGGCUCUGCAGGAGCUCGGAAAACAUAUCAAUGUGACGAUUGCUGGGAAGUGUACAUCCGACGAACGUCUCAAAACGAUCUGCCCACCAGGAGUGGAAUGUCUUGACAUCUUUGAACAGUAUCCCUUCUAUAUUGCUAUUGAGAAUACGAUCUGUAAUGAUUAUGUCACCGAAAAGAUUUGGAAUCGAAUCUCGGUGCCCAGCAUUCCAAUUGUAAUGAAACGUCGAAUUUACAAGAAUAUACUUCCUCCAAACUCUUUCAUCGCAAUGGACGAUUACAAAAAUCCAACUGAGAUGGCGAAUCAUCUUAGAGCUCUUGAAUCGAAUUUAACCGCCUAUUCCGAAUAUUUCAAUUGGAGACAAAAGGGAACUUGGACAUCCGCCCCAUGGAAUUCUCCAGGCUACAGAAAUGGUGUCUGUCGGGUUUGCGAACUUCUUUGGAAAACUAAAGACAAUGGAACAGAAUCAACGAAAUCUUAUGAGAACAUUUGGAAGUGGUUCGACGAUGAGUCGCAGUGCGAAAAAGACGAAUUCGUGCGAGGUUGGCUAAGUGGAUAA